AUGGAAAUCGGCGACAACGCAUCAGAAGCGACGCUCGAUGAGACGAAAUCGAAACCAUGGAAUAUAAACGAUCGCGAGGCGAUCCUCGCGCGAUUCUCGUUCGACGGAGACGAGCAAUGCCAACCCGAUGCGUGCGAAUUCGAAUUUUUACCCACUCUUAAUUGUUUCGAGAUUGUCAACUCGCUCGAGAGAUUCAUUGUCGGCUCGACGACCGAGAAGGCUUAUAAGCGCCUCGACGAAGGCGUUCAGUCGAGUCGGCGAGCGCUCGAAUCGUUGCUCGCGCGCAAUGCCGGCACUUCGGACCACUCGUUGGUCAACGAGGCGGUCAUUAACAAUAAAAGCUAUACGUUGGAUGCGAAUGGUCGAGUUUGCCUCGUCAAAAACGACGAUCGGAAGGGCGGUCGUGUGCAGGAGUGUCUACGCCUUCAACGCGAAGUCAAAGAAUUGCGUUCGAUUUAUAAAGACUCAUUAUCGGCGCUCGAGUUGAUAAUGAGCGAGCAUCGCAAAAUGAUGAUGAGAUAUAUGAGAAGCGUUCGCGAGCAUCCGAAGCGGGUGGCGAACGAGAAGCUGCGUUCGACGAUGAACGCGACGGACGCGCGGAUGCGCGACGAAUUCGCGCUGAUCGCCAAAGCCGUCGAGAUGAGCAUCGAGAAUGAGGAGAAGCGCAGCGUCGGGCGCGUCGACGCGAUGCGAAAAAUCGAAUCGGAGAAUUUUUUGCUCAAACAAAUGCUCGAUAUUGACGAUAUUCGGAAUGCUAGCGUUGAUGAAUUGGUCCGAAAAUGGAGAGAGAUUUUGGGAGUUUUCGGAACAUUUUUGAGCAAAAUUUGA